ACAGUUCAGUCGCGCGCUUGCAGGAAACCGCCUCGCCUGUAUCCUUGACACACCCAUAGCUAUUGUUGGCACAGUAGGCGCGCGACAACCUUGACAUUCCCACACGCGCGUUCAGUUGCACGAUGAAAUCUUGGUCUACGUGGAUGCAUCAUCCUUUUCAGGAAAAAGGAAAGUAAGACAAGCGGCUACUGCGGAUAAAGGAAGAUGCACAAACGCCGAACGGAGUGCAGGUAAACACACACACGCACGGCCAUCGCGCAUCCCCAUACAGAUGCCCACAGUACCGCACGCGCAGACACACUCCGCUCAUUCACCUGUAAUGACAGAUCGCUGCUCAAAGCGGCGCAUUGUCCCGGAAUACGGCGAGGAAAGUACGCUUCAUGUGAGAGAUGACUGAGUGAGUUGCGCGGAUGUUGGAGACAUGGAGAAACGAGCUCUUGUAACGGCGAUUAGCUUGUCCAUGAGCCUCCUCGCGCUCAUGCUGUUGGUGACGGCGAUCUUUACCGACCACUGGUACGAAACCGACACCAGGAGACACAAGGAGAACUGCGACCAGUACGGCUCGGAGUCCAACGACCAGAAGAACAGGGAGAUGCCCAUCUAUCACCUGCCUUUGGUGGACAGUGGUAAUGCGAAGCGCAACCUGGCUCCCAUGAAGCCCAUCCAUGUAGGGAGCCGAGAGGAGGAACUGUUGGAGAACUGGAGGGCGAUUUUGGGCAUGGGCAUUUUGGAGACGGAGUGCGGGCGUCCGCUCUUCUCCACCUACUUUGGACUUUGGAGGAAAUGCUACUUCCAGGGAAUGGACGGGGAUAUUGACAAACUCAUUUUUAAGGGUAUUGCAGAACGAUGCACAUCUGUCAAGUACCAUUUCUCCCAACCCAUUAGACUCAGGAACAUCCCUCUCAACCUGACAAGGACCAUACAGCAGGACGAGUGGCACCUCUUACAUCUGCGGCGCAUCACGGCAGGGUUCUUGGGCAUGGCUGCUGCCGUAAUGCUGUGUGGAAGCAUUGUGGCCGCCGUGGGAUUUUUCUGGGAGGAAAGCCUCACCCAGCAUGUGUCUGGACUCCUGUUCCUCAUGGCAGGAAUCUUUUGCACAAUCUCACUGUGCACCUACGCAGCCAGUGUCUCAUACGACCUAUCCAGGAACCCUCCUUUCAUCUACGGUCUGCCCGGUGACGUAGACCACGGGUACGGAUGGUCCAUCUUCUGUGCAUGGGUCAGUCUGGGCCUAACAGUGGCGUCAGGCUGUAUCUGCACAACUUAUCCCUUCUUGAGCCGCACAAAGGCUCUUCGCUCCAAAACGGCACGGGAGUCAUCUGUAUGAGCGCCCCCUGUGGCCCGGAGGACUCAGCAAAACAUUAAUCAGCACUUGGCGCUUUAGGAAAACAGAUUCAAGUGGGACUUCAUGCUGUAUGGAGCAGUUUUGAAUGUCUUGUAGAUUUCUGAUCCCUGCUC